UUGGACCAAACUCAAACCCGACCCCGGCCCCGACGAGUCGGAACUCGAAGCAUCUCGCCUCGCCGCCGCCGCCGCCGCACGCCCGACGGAAGCGAGCGCCUCUCUCUCUCUCUCUCACCGGCGACGGGAUCGACGGCGGCGGGGGCGGGGAUGGUGGGCUGGCUGAAGGCGCUGUGCUACGGCGCGGGGGGCAUGGCGGUGGUGGGGCUCGCGGCGCUCGUGGCGCUGCAGGAGCGCCUCGUCUACGUGCCCGUGCUCCCGGGGAUCGCGCGGGCGUACCCCAUCACCCCCGACCGCCUCCGCCUCAUCUACGAGGACGUCUGGCUCCGCGCCGCCGACGGCGUCCGCCUCCACUCCUGGUUCAUCCGCCACUCCCCCACCUGCCGAGGUCCAACUAUUCUGUUCUUCCAAGAAAAUGCUGGCAAUAUUGCACAUCGUUUGGACUUUGUUCGACUAAUGAUGCAACGACUACAGUGCAAUGUAUUUAUGCUUUCUUACAGAGGGUAUGGUGAGAGUGAUGGUUAUCCUUCUCAGAAGGGCAUCAUAAAUGAUGCACAGGCUGCACUUGAUCAUCUAGUUCAGAGGAAGGAUAUUGACACAUCCAGGAUAGUUGUUUUUGGGAGAUCGUUAGGAGGUGCUGUUGGAGCAGUGCUUGCGAAAAACAAUCCUGGCAAGGUGUCAGCUCUAAUACUGGAAAACACCUUUACAUCUAUAUUGGAUAUGGCUGGUAUCAUGCUACCCUUCUUACGAUGGUUCAUAGGUGGCAGUUCUUCAAAAGGUCCAAAACUUCUGAACUGUGUUGUUCGCUCCCCAUGGAGUACACUUGAUAUCAUUGCAGAGGUCAAACAACCCAUUAUUUUCCUUUCUGGAUUACAAGAUGAAUUAGUUCCCCCUUCACACAUGAGGUUACUAUAUGAAAAAGCUUUUGAGCAUAAUAAGAAUUGUAGAUUUGUUGAUUUUCCCAAUGGCAUGCAUAUGGAUACCUGGAAUUCUGGAGGAGACCGUUACUGGAGGACAAUCCAACUGUUUCUGGACCAAUAUGCUCCAGAAGUACAGAGUUGUAAUACCAGCUGCAAAAGUGAAAUUGCUAAUGAUGAUGAAGCUGAAGAGUGACCAGAACAUCUGGAGCGGCCUUCUUUUUUUUUUCUUCCAGGCUCCAGUUUUCUGGUGUGAUGCGAUUUAAAUCCUGAUGAACUGAAGCUCACUGCAAACAAUUAAUUCAGGCAAUUAUUCUCCAUUCAACCUGAAGAAGGCAAAGUUGUGAAUACCUUGAGGUUGCUCUCCAUCCUAGCACUACAUUUGUCUCUGGAGCUAUAUAUAGAUUUCUGAGAAGACCUAGCCUUUGAACUGAUGAUUCCCCCUCCCCCCCUUGAUUUAAUCUGUGAUGUUGCUUUGUUGAAGUUUUUUACAAUAUACUGUAGCGCAUUACCAUGUCAUAAUCUGGCCUCGGUGUAUAACAGUGUAAUGCAUAGGUUUUUAGGCUCUGGUUCAGCAAUUUGGUUUUGUGUUUUUUAUUAUUGGUGUUAUAGAUCUGGUUGCCUGCUUCUUAAGCCUGUUAUACCAAAACUGUUGCAAUAUCAAUAGGCCAUGUCUUCACCGGCAGUAAUUUUUUAGCAUUACACGACCUUA